GGUACCUGCCUAUGUACCUACCUCUAAGAAUGCUGGACCCAUUUGCCAGCUGCUUUUGUCACUUGGCAUCGAAAAGAAGAAAAGAAAAAAAGAAGGCCAAUCGCCUUGGCGGACCCUUGCUUUAGUAAUAAAGCCAAUCUGAAGCCAAUCUGAGGUUUGGCCCUGCGCAAGAUUUCAAAGCGAACCUGAAAGAUCGACACGCCCCAGAAAAACCAAGCUCCUUAUUUCUUGUAUUCUGACAAAUAACAAGUUGUUUUUUUAACUAACGCGUUUACGAAAUCCCUCUUCUCCUGACGAACUUGAAUGCAGAUCUAGACUUCCGCGAUUAUUCCCGCCUUAUUUUAAAAUCCCCCAUCAUUACCUUAGCUGCUUAGGUACCUUAGGUAGUUUUGGACAGCUGUAGAGAAACAGUACCGACGUAACGAUCGAUCGCGUGGCCAUUUCAUUUACCUCGGAGAAGGGAGGGCGCCGUUUAAGCUCCUACGUGGAUAAAAUACAUACUACAUACUACAUACUACAUACAUACGUACACAAGAUGGGCCAGAGUGUAUCGUGGCUGUCCAGCCUGCUGUGGGCAAAGAAAGAGAUAAGAAUCCUUAUCCUAGGUCUUGAUAACGCGGGAAAGACGACAUUAUUAUACAGAUUGAAGAUAGGCGAGGUAGUAACGACAAUCCCAACGAUUGGAUUCAACGUCGAAUCCGUAUCAUACAAGAACCUAAACUUCAACGUGUGGGAUCUAGGUGGACAAACUUCGAUCCGACCUUACUGGCGCUGCUACUAUGCGAACACGGCAGCCGUGAUAUUCGUCGUCGACAGCACAGAUAUCGAGCGUCUACAGACCGCCGCUGAAGAGCUAGCUGCUAUGCUCAACGAGGACGAACUGAGAGAUGCUGCGCUCCUAGUCUUUGCCAACAAACAAGACCAGCCUGGUGCCAAGGGCGCAGGCGAGAUAUCCGAGGCGCUACGGCUGGGCGAGCUGAGGGAUCGCAACUGGAGCAUUGUCGCGUGCUCGGCGGUCGACGGAAGCGGUGUCAACGAAGGCAUGGAUUGGCUGGUGCAAACCGUAUCACAGGACUAAACGAAACGUUUUGAUAUCGCACAAAGCAUUCCUCUGUACAACACUUAACCAACCGUAUCAAUCCACGGGCAUCACUAGCAAGGCCCUUGGCAUCUCGAAACACAUUUUAUUGAUACCGCGUCCUUACGGUCUUGGGUAGAUGGCUCCGUUAUUAUGUUAGUCUGAUAGGGCCAUGAGGUGCAGCGGCCGCUGUGAUUGGGAGCAUAAGGCGUUUUCUACAGGAUUUUUUUGACGAAGGAAGACCCAGAGAGGACACGGGAGCAGGCGAGAGCGAUGAAUAUCAAGUUCGACGAAGAAUCUCGAGACACGUAUUAGUGGUAUGGAGCUGGUCCUGGUCUGACCUGGUCUGGUAUGCUAGGUCCUAUAUAUACGACGGACCUCCUAAGCUCUUUUAAUUUGCUCUCUCUGGCGGAAGAUAGAAGGACAGACAGAAGGAUCUCCUGAUCCGGCAGCCCGGAUCGAAAUAAUACUGUGUUGGGGUCGGCUCUAUCCAGUCGUUACGUUAGAUAUAUUAUAAUUACCAUAGAUGCGCGCAGCAUAAGGUAAAUGACCCAAGUCGUUGCCAUCA